ACAGAAGUAACAGAACUAAGGGGUUUAUUGUUCAUUUUUUCUCAUAACAUUUAAAUAAAAACUUGUAAGCUAUAGUCAACAUAUAUAUGUUUCUUAUUCAUUUACCAACGAUCCAAUACAAACAAAUUAAAGAAGCGUUCGUAGCAAAAUAAAAUAAAAUGAAAAUAAAGAAGUGCAAGAAACGUGCAUGGAUUAAACAAUUAUACUUGAAAAAGCUACGCAUCUUCUCAAAUCUCAAUAUACUUUUGUUUUUAGUUAAUAAUUCAAAACCUAAGCGUAGAGUAUACAAAGCUGUAUUGUUCAUGUAUCCACAUCCGUGUAUAAAUACCGAUCACAUGAACUCACGUUUUCUUCAUCCAGUAUCAUUCAAACCAAAUAAAAAACAUAAACCCAAAAAGCAUGAAUCCUAUGUUUUACUUCCUUCUUGCCUUAACCGCUAUUUUGGCUACGACAGCAAACGCAGGCGGGCCAGUUCUGGACAUUGAAGGUAAUAUCAUAUUCGGCGGCAGUUACUACGUUAUUCCCGUCUUCUUCGGCGCUGAUGGUGGCGGCCUGACUCUUUCCCCCCUUGGUAACAAGCAGUGUCCCCUAUAUAUCGGGCAAGAACCUUCAGAGGCCAACAUGGGCAUUCCCGUAAGAUUCUCAAACUGGAAGUCUAGAGUUGGGUUCGUUCCCGAAUCCGAAAACCUUAAGAUCGCGAUGGAUGUCAAAGCUACGAUCUGCGUCCAGUCAACAUACUGGUGGGUCGCUGUAUCUGGCAUGCCCAAUGUGAAGUCUUUAAUAGCGGCUGGUCCUAAGCCAGAACCUGCAAAAGAUUCAUCCAAAAGUUUCUUCCAGAUCAAAAAAGAUGGAGAUUCUAGUAAUGGCUACAAUAUUGUGUUUUGUCCUAAUGAUAAAGAUUGCAUUGAUGUCGGGAUAUUUGUGGACAAAGAUGGCGUUCGACGUUUGGCUUUAAGCUCCACGCCAUUCCCAGUUAUGUUCCUGAACUCUACUGAUGAGACAGAGACUUCGUUCAAGAAGACCAUGUCUAUUAUCUGAAAUAAAUUAUAAAGACUACAAAUUAAAAAAAAUAAGAGUUUUCACUUACGGCUAAUAAUUAAACUCUAGUUUCUUUGUUUUUUUAUCAGUCUUCUUCAUAUAUGGAAUAAAAAUUGAUUUUCUUUGUU